CUUUGUUAGCCAGUCUCGGAUGUACAGCGGCCCGCCGCGCCAUUCAAAACCUCGCCACCGAUGCGACACUACCGUCCUCAAAAUUUCGAUAAAUUCGAUUUUGGUCCCCACCAUUUUUACUAUUCAAAAUUCUACACACGUUUAGUGCCUAGGCCGUCCGCCGCGACGCGCCACUGACACAUUUCUGUGGUUUCGCGCGCCGUUUGAAUUUAGAACAGUUUUUCAUUUGUUUUUCUUUUCAAUUUCGGUGUUUCUAUAAUACUUGUGCCAGUACCACGUGCACCACAAGCGGGAUUUUAGUGAUAACAAGGCUGUGUGAUUUGUUUCCUUGGAGUUCUCUUACAAGAUGGAACUGAGAAGGCAUAAGUCGGGAGGGACGUCUUUCCUCACAUUUUGGAUAUUUUUACUACAGAUGUUAGGAAGUGCACGCCGUGGUGCCGAAGGUCACGGCAGAUUGAUGGACCCACCAGCACGUAAUUCUAUGUGGAGGUUCGGAUUCCCUAACCCUGUCAAUUACAACGAUAACGAGCUCUUCUGUGGAGGAUAUGCAGUUCAAUGGGAGCAAAAUGAAGGAAAAUGUGGUGUGUGCGGUGACGCGCACCACAUACCGGAGCCCCGUCCUCAUGAAGCAGGUGGUAUGUACGGGAAAGGUAUCGUCACCAGACAUUACAGUGUUGGCCAGGAAAUCGAAGUAGAAGUGGAGUUGACAGCAAACCAUCUUGGAACGUUCGUUAUGAAGCUGUGUCCGAACAAUAAUCCAAAGCAAGAAGCUUCUCAGGAAUGCUUUGACAGAUACCCGUUAUAUAUUUCCGAGACGAGGGAGGACAGGUUCCUAAUCCCAUUGGAUACGGCUAAAAAAGAAAUCUUCAGAUACAGGGUGCGGCUACCUCCCUAUGUGACUUGUACACAAUGUGUUCUGCAAUGGACAUAUUAUACUGGAAACAUGUGGGGUGUUUGCGCAAACGGUACAGAAGCGGUCGGUUGUGGUCGUUCAGAGACCUUUAGAAAUUGCGCUGACGUUAGUGUGGUAACCAGCACUGGUGGUCUUCCGCCUGCUUUCGCUGGAGAUCUCAGAAGAGACUAUCCCUUCCUCCUAUACUACAGGGAUCUUAACAUGCCCAGAAAUGUCUACCCAUUGGUCGUCAGGGACCAAGUGUGUGUGCCGACUAGAACUUUCAGCAGACUCCCGGGAAUGCUGAGUUGGUGUCAGACCAACUGUCUUCGGUACCCUCCUAAUUGUCCAGAGGAAUUGUGUACCUGCCCGCAAGUCUGCGAGGCUACUGGAGAGUUGGAAGGUCGCGAGGGAGCUGAUGUAUACUGUAUGGACCAGUGUAUUGUGUAUCCACCACGCUGCCCUGCAAGCCGGUGCAGCUGUUACUAGCGUGAUCAAUAUUGAGCUGCUUUUGAAGAUAAUUAUAUAUGCAUAAUUCAUCAAAAAACCAUUUGAUUAAUAGUAUUCCUCAUUACAAAUGCAGAUCAUGACUAAUGGGGUCAUUGACUUGAUAGGGCACAGUUCCUUUGUUUCCUCGAAGUAACUC